GUGCCAUGGUGCUGUGCCUGUCCCCCUCCUGGGCCAGCCGGGUGCCAUCGGAGUCGUGCCCGGGCGCCUGGUCCCUGCUGCUCUCCCGGGGCGUCUCCUUCAAGGUGGGGGGGCACAGCGCCCUAGAGACCUUCGUGCCACCUCGCCGUGCCAACUACGUGACAGGCACCUUCGCGCCGGGGGACCCCGAGGGUGGCUGGGUGGGCGAGCUGGCCCGUGACCUCGACUGCCCCACGGGGGGCUCGGUGCCGCUCGCCCACCGCCUCGAGGACACGCUGGUCACCCGCUGGGUGCUGGCGGCUCGGGCCAACCUGCCCGUGCCCCCCACGCUGGCCUUCGUCCUGGGGACCAGGGGGGACCUGCCCGCCCAGCCCGCGGCCCCCGGGGUGAGGCUGGUGCGGCUGCAGGACCCCCAGGGCCAGCAGAGCCUGGUGCAGGAGGAGGUGGGCGCCUUCCUGGGGGGCACCGCCAUGGAGCCCUACGGCCAGGUGGUGGUGCGGCCGGCGGGGUGGCGGUGGCAGGGGACAGGCACCAGCAGCACCCACAGGAAGGAGGAGGGGGCGGCGGUGGCGCAGGCGGUGGGUGCCCGGCUCCGGGGGCUGACGGAGGAGGACAGCGUCCUGCUGGAGGCCAUGGUGCCCACCGCCCGCCUGCCCGUGCCCCCCCCACGCAGCCCAGCCCCGCGGCUGCCCAUGGCCCUGCGCAUCUGCACCCUCGUCUGCAGGUCCUGGGGGGACCGGCCCCAGCUCUGCCAGGUGGCCUGCGCCGUGGGACGCGCGGAGAGCCCGGUGCGUCACGGCGCGGCUCUGCCCCAGGGCCUGGACUCCAGCCUGCAGCAGUGGGGGGUGGCGGCCCCCAGCCAGCGACAGGCGCUGGCCACGCGGCUGCGGGAGGCCACCGAGGCCGCCGCGGCCGCCCUGAUGGCCAGCGAGGCCGAGCUGAGCCCGCGGCAGCGCGGCGGCGGCCGGGCCCGCACCGACAUCCUGGGCGUGGAUUUCCUGCUGGCGUGCGUGGAUGAGGCGCUGGAGCUGGUGGCGCUGGCCACGAACGGGCAGCGGUGCCUGGAGACGUGCGCGCUGGCCGAGGCCAUGGGGCGCGGCGUGGGCGAGCCCCGCGGGGAUUUGCCGCGGCUGCUGGCCGAGGCCAUGCUGCACCGGGCGCAGCGCCACCUGGUCGAGGGCAAGGACAUCCUGCUCAUCGGGGCGGGCGGCGUCAGCAAGAGCUUCGUGUGGGAGGCGGCCCGCGACUACGGGCUGAAGAUCCACCUGGUGGAGUCGGACCCGGAGCACUUCGCGGCGGGACUGGUGCAGACCUUCCUGCCCUACGACAGCCGGGAGCACCGGCGCGACGAGGAGCACGCGGAGCGGGUGCUGGAGCUGCUGCGCUCCCGGGGGCUGCGGCCCCACGCCUGCCUCUCCUACUGGGACGACUGCGUGGUGCUGGCGGCCCUGGUGUGCCAGGGGCUGGGGCUCCGCGGCCCCGCGCCCGCCGCCGUGCGGGUGGCCAAGCAGAAGAGCCGCACGCACCGGCACCUGCAGCGCUGCCGCCGCGGCCGCCCGCCGCCCGCCGUCUUCGCCGUGCCCUGCCGCCGCCUGCGGAGCCACGGCGACGUGGAGCGGGCGGCGGGCGCCGUGCCCUUCCCCGCCGUGGCCAAGCUGGAGUUCGGCGCGGGCGGCGUGGGCGUGCGGCUGGUGGAGAACGCCGGGCAGUGCCACGCUCACGCCGCCCGCCUCUGGAGGGACCUGCGCGACGACGCCGACCACCCGGGCAUCGGGCUGGGCUGGGGCAACGCCAUGCUGCUCAUGGAGUACGUGCCGGGCACCGAGCACGACGUGGACCUGGUGGUCUUCGAGGGGCGGCUGCUGGGCGCCUGGGUGUCGGACAACGGCCCCACGCGUGUCCCCGCCUUCCUGGAGACGGCGGCCUGCCUGCCCUCCUGCCUGCCCGCCGACCGGCAGGCGCAGCUGGUGCGGGCGGCGCUGCAAUGCUGCCGGGCGUGCGGGCUGCGCGACGGCGUCUUCAACGUGGAGCUCAAGCUGGGCCCGGCGGGGCCGCGCCUGCUGGAGAUCAACCCCCGCAUGGGGGGCUUCUACCUGCGCGACUGGAUCCGCGAGGUCUACGGCCCCGACCUGCUGCUGGCCGCCGUGCUGGUGGCGCUGGGAGUGCCGCCCGUGCUGCCCGCCCGCCCCGCGCCCCGCACGCACCUGGCCGGGGUGAUGUGCCUGGCCUCGGAGCACGGCCCGAGCCUGGCGGGCGGCGGGGGCAUGGAGGCUCUGCGGGAGCUGCACGGCCGCGGGCUCGUCCGCCUCAACCGGCUCUUCGAGGAGCCCGAGGGGGCCGGCGAGUACGAGGAGCCGCUGCUGAGCGUGGCGUGCGCCGGGGCCACGCUGGCCGAGGCCUGCGAGCGCCUGCUGGGGCUCUGCCAGGGGCUGGGCAUCGACUCCCCGCGAUAUCCCGUGGAGCAUUUCUUGUCCCACUUCAAAUAGCGCCGGGCAGGCAGCGGGGAGAGCGGGGGAAUGGGUGCCCCGGCACAGCCGGCACCAGCUCCCGCCGCCCCGCCGCCCCUCCCUGGCAUCCC